AUGUCGCAACCAAUAGAGUAUAAGGGUUGCAAUUAUUUAAAACAACGAUUAUUAUUGUCAACUUUAUCCGGAAAGUCACUCAAAAUUACAGAUAUAAGAGCUAAUAAAGACGAUCCAGGCGUCAGAGCAUUCGAAGUUAAUCUAAUAGCAUUAUUAGAGAAGUUAUCCAAUGGAAUGAAAGUAAAAUUCAAUGAAACUGGAACAAACCUUCGUUACGAUCCCGGUAUGUUGAUAGGAGGUGACUUGGUCCAUGAAUGUAACAUUGAACGAGGUAUUGGAUAUUAUUUAGAAGCUGUUAUGAUUCUUGCACCGUUUUGUAAAAAUCCCGUCAAGAUAAAGUUGAAAGGAAUCACCGAAACUUGUUUAGAUCCUUCGAUUGACAGAAUAAAAGCAGCUGGCCUGCCAGUGCUGAAGAAAUUUUUCACUGGUGAUAGUGAUAAUAUCAAAAUCACAAUUGUCAAAAGGGGAAUCGCGCCCAAUGGAGGUGGCGAGGUUCAUUUUGAGUGUCCUGUCGUUCGUUUCCUCAAGCCUGUUUAUUUUAUCGAAAUUGGUAGUCUGAAGAGGAUUCGCGGAGUUGCUUGCAGUAUGCGAGUAGCUGGAGAUAGAGCCGUCAUAGUGGCGAAAUCUGUAAAAGAAAAGCUGUGGGAACACAUUCAGAAACGUGACACUGAUAUUAAUAUUAUGGCAGACCCUUGUCGGAAGGAAAAAUCUGGAAAUUCUCCAGGUUUUGCAAUAACUCUUAACGCAGAGACUACAACCGGGGUAAUCUUGAGCGCUCAAGCUUGUUCAUCUAAAGAAAAAAAUGACCCCGAGGAAGUUGGAAAAGAAGCCGCUCUGAAAUUAUUGGACGAGCUUUACAGGAACGGAUGUGUGGAUUCAGUUUUCCAGAGCAUGGCUAUUAUUUUUAUGGCGCUCAAUAGAAGAGAUGUGUCUAAAAUGAUCGUCGGUCCAUUAACUCAAUCUGCAAUUCAAACGCUGCGUGAUUUAAAAGAUUUUUUCAGCGUAGUAUUCAAGCUAGACUACCAUAAGGAUGAAGAUGGAAAUAAUUUGGAACAAGUUGUUCUCUUGUGUAUGGGAAUUGAGUACAGUAAUUUGAGCAAAAGACUCCUGUAA